GGAUUAUGCUACUUCAGUGACAGAUCGUUUUUUCAUCGAAGCAAAAAGGAGUUGCCAGAAUAAAACCAUUUCGAAAUUUUCAUUUGAUUUUUCCAAUUUUGACUGAUUUCAAUUCCUUUCUUUUUAAGAACGAGUAGAACGCCUAAGAAAUUAAAUCGAAAGCUUCCCAAGCUUCCAAAUUGGCCACCCUUACUAGGGGUUUCAUCAUUUUAAUUCAGAAGAACUUUCGAUCGCACGGAUCAUGCCUAUCGCCCAAACAGAUGGACGCUCUCGUUAAAAUUUGUGUAGUGAAGAAGUAACGGACUUAAUAUCAAAAGCCAGUACACUCCCACAGUCUUUGGGCGCCGUUGAAAUUUUGGCUUAUUUGAAACUCGAUUACCUCGCACCUCAUUAUGACCUCAUCAUUAUCGUCAUCAACAGCACCAUUAGCGUCAUUGGCGGAGUCCUCCAAGUGUGCGCGACUUUCUACCGAGUUUUUUAAUCAAUCGUGUCGGGUAUUAGCCCGGAGUCUCUUGGGUCAAACAUUAUGCCGGAGACUUUCACCUACUUGUAUCCUAAAAGGAAAGAUCGUCGAGACCGAAAUGUAUCCCGGCCAUCAAGAUCAUGCAUCGCACAGCUUCAAUCAAAAAAGGACUGCUCGCAAUGGGGCCAUGUUCAUGGAACCGGGCACCUCUUACGUCUACAGUAUUUAUGGCAUGUACCAUUGCUUUAAUAUUUCCAGUCAAGAGGAGGGCGGAGCCGUCCUCAUUCGCAGUCUGGAACCUCUUGGUUACGAGGAUCAUUGGGCCAUAUUGAAAGCCAAUCGUUGUAGUAAGCGUAAGUUGGCCUCUCUUCGCGUCCAGGACUUGACCAAUGGUCCAUCGAAACUCUGUUUGAGUUUUGACAUCAACAAGGUCAACGGGAAUGCACUGGAUUUAAAAAAAUCGGAUCAAAUUUGGGUGGAGAAGGGCGAUAACCUUCCGGAGGACUCAAUUUUCGUCUCGACCCGUAUUGGGAUUGGCUCCAGUGGUGAGGCGAGUGUGAAUAAACCCUACCGAUUCUACGUCAAGAACAAUGAGCACGUGAGUAUAUUAGAUUCCACGGAUCCCUUUAAAACGAGAAAGCGAAGGCGAAAGGAAGUAAAGGAAUAAAAAAUGUAUCUCAACACUGAUUUAUAAGAACAUUUAUAACAUGAAACUUAAACAUGAAAAGAACUUGAUCAA